AGGUAGCUCGCCAGCAAUCGCGUGCCGCCUUUCCACUCACGUACACCACCACCGCCACCUCUCAGCUCGGUUCGGUUCAUUCGUUGCCGCGUCAAAUCGGGGCAAGAAGCCAGUCCUGUUGCUUCGCGUGCUCAGUUGCUUGCACCACGUACCUGAAGGAAGGAGGCAGCGAUCGAUUGGUCGGCCGGUCGGUGGUUGUCGUCGGCGCCCGGCAUGUCGUCCUCGUCGUCGUCGUCCUCCGCCGCCUCCGCCGCCGCCGUGUUCCCGCCGUCCCCGCCGCCGCUGCUGGUGGAGAACCUCCCGCCGCUGCACCAGCUCACGCCGGUGGCCGCGGCGCCGCCGGCCUCGGAGCAGCUCUGCUACGUGCACUGCCACUUCUGCGAUACCGUCCUCGUCGUGAGCGUGCCGACGAGCAGCCUGUUCAAGACGGUGACGGUGCGGUGCGGCCACUGCAGCAGCCUGCUCACCGUCAACAUGAGGGGCCUCCUCUUCCCGGGCACGCCGACGACGAACGCCUCCGCCGCUGCCGCACCAGCUGACGUCACGAGCACCACCACCACCAUCACCACGCCGCCGCAGCCGCCGCCGCCCGCCUCCUCGGUCAACAACGGCCAGUUCCACUUUCCCCACUCUGUCAACCUCGCGCCCAACCCUCCCCACCAAUCCCUCCUGGACGAGAUAUCGAGCGCGAACCCGAGCCUGCAGCUGCUGGAGCAGCACGGCCUCGGCGGCCUGAUCCCCGGCGGCAGGAACGCGGCCGCGCCGCCCCAGCCGCAGCCGGCCGCGGCGGGGAAUAAAGGGGCCAAGGAGCCGUCGCCGCGCGCUAACCCCGUCGUUAACAGACCUCCGGAGAAGAGGCAGCGCGUGCCGUCGGCGUACAACCGCUUCAUCAAGGACGAAAUCCAACGCAUCAAGGCUGGCAAUCCCGACAUCUCGCACAGGGAGGCCUUCAGCGCGGCGGCCAAGAACUGGGCGCACUUUCCGCACAUCCACUUUGGACUCAUGCCGGAUCACCAGGGGCUCAAGAAGACCAGCCUGCUACCUCAGGAUCAUCACCAGAGAAAGGACGCGCUUCUAAAGGAUGGGCUCUACGCGGCGGCAGCCGCCGCCGCCGCGGCAGCGGCCAACAUGGGGGUUGCUCCAUACUAGUUACCCAAGCUUAGCUGCUAGCAAGUGCUGCUGUUUACCUAGCUGAGACUCGAUCUCCACUCUCCUUUUAACUUCUGGCUCCUAUGAACAACCAAGCUAUAUAUCUAUCUAGGGCUUACUCGAUCGA